CAAUGGGUAAAGAUAAAUAGGAUUGAAAUACUAUCUUUACUAUAUUUUUUAUUUGAUUUAACUCUGAAACUAUAUUGCUUUAUGAAAUUUAAAUGUCAUUUCAGGCUUAUGAUUGGAAUAAACAAUAAUAUCAUUCCAACUAAAAGUGAAGGGUUUUAUUUGCAAAUAUCAAACGUAAAGUGAUCCAAUCUCAAAUUUUCCCACAAUUACAUGUACUUUGAUCAAAGCUGAUGUCGAGAUUUAAGCCUGGAUAAAUUCUGUUUCAGGAAACCAAGUGAAAAUAAUUCAUCACAGAUAUGGAUGUAGCUACAGGCUUAACUCUGAUAUUAAUCUAUCAAAGGAUGGUCGUGACCGGCGUCAAAGUGGACUCUCAAAACUCACCGUUUACAAAACCACACACCACAGCCCACUAUGGUGCAAUCACCUCUGCUCCUAUUCCAACAAUCGUUAGUGUAACAGAGAGUGAAAACCCUGCGGACAAACUCGGCGCGGAUUACAAACCAGAACAAAGAGCCAACUUUGUUCCAGAAACAUUCGAAACGUUGAGCACUCAUACUUCUGUAACGAGCAUGGUCUCUCAUGUGACCAAUCGUAGGCUGUUCAACGAAAGUUUAGAGGUGCAAAAUAACACGAUUAAUGCAAGGGAUAGCAUGGAACAAUAUUAUACAAAUAAGAGGAUCAAUUAUGACGUAGCUUAUAGAAAUUCAAAAGUGCCUACACAAAUUUUGGAGUCAAGGGGAAACUUUGAUGCCAAAGAACACUUCUCAAUUCAACCUAACAGCUUGGAAUCAAUAUCUAAGAAGUAUGAGUUUGCCUCGACAUUGGACGAUGAACAUUUAAACAAACCAUCGAGGAGAAAAAACGUAUCAGCUUUAGAUGCCCUUAAAACAAUUAUGAAACAAGAUGAAACCGUAGUAACUUCAAAUGUGACCUCACCAUUAAAUCACUCAAGAAAAUUUAGAGAACUUACAAGAAGGAGAAAAUAUUCAAUGAAUUUCGUUAAAAGCCAAAAUUCAACUACCAACAAUGAUACGAAUAAUGGUUUAUUAAGUGAUAAACAGAUUUUAAAAGAAAAUAUUAGUGAAUUAGGUGAAACACCUUUCAAUAAAUAUCUAAACAAUUCAAAGAAGCAUAUUGAAAAACUGCAGUCAGAUGAUAAUACAAACAAUUCAGAACCAACGCUUAGCCCAAAUACAGAAGGGACUUUAGUCAGUACUUUUCAAACAUUUAACAUAAAGCCAACUCAAUCGCCUUUGUCAAGUGCAGAACAUUAUACGUAUGCCAAUUUCACGACAUCAAAACCAACCACUAUAUUUUCAAUACGUAGCUUUAGAUCGCAAAACGUCCCGUUUGACAAAGCUUCGUCAUCGAAUACAUAUAAGAGAAUUUUUUCGUCAGACACCAAUUCUUCAUCCUUUGUAUCUAGAUCGUUUACUCCAUCCCCCCGAAGAACUUCUUUUCCUACGCCACCUACUUCUCUGGCAAAACCCUCUGCCUCUAAUGAUCCCUGGCCAGUAAAGCUUGCUGCUGAAACUCCCGGGGACCUUAUAUUGGGAGGAUUGAUGAUGGUUCACGAACGUGAAGAUUCUGUAACAUGUGGCCCUAUAAUGCCUCAAGGAGGGAUUCAAGCCUUGGAGACAAUGCUUUACACUCUGGAUGUCAUAAACAAUGACCCUCGAUAUCCGUUCUCUAUUGGAGCUCAUAUUCUUGAUGACUGUGAUAAAGAUACGUACGGACUAGAAAUGGCUGUGGAUUUUAUUAAAGGUUCCAUCAGCAAUAUAGACGAUGCUGAGUACCACUGCAACAAAACUCAAAUCCGGAAAGUAAUCUCAGGAGUCGUAGGGGCAGCAUCGAGUGUGACAUCCAUACAGGUGGCCAACCUUCUCAGACUCUUCAAAAUACCUCAGGUAUCAUUCUUCUCUACUUCCCCGGAGCUGAGCAACAAACAAAGGUUUGAGUACUUCACCAGGACUAUUCCCUCAGACCAUCACCAGGUCAAAGCAAUGGUGGAGAUCGUACGGAGACUAGGCUGGAGCUACGUCUCAAUCAUAUAUGAGGAGUCCAACUACGGCAUAAAGGCGUUCGAAGAACUUGAGGAUUUGCUAGCAAAAUACGAGAUCUGCAUCGCAGUGAAAGAGAAAUUAGUCAAGGAUUCCGGCGUCGCUGAGGACACUGCUUACGACAGCAUAGUGCACAGACUGCUCACUAAGCCAAGGGCAAGAGGAGCAAUUAUCUUCGGGUCAGACCAAGAGGUGGCUGCUCUGAUGAAAGCUGUCCGUCGUUGUAACGCCACGGGUAGCUUCUCCUGGAUUGGCAGCGACGGAUGGUCAGCGAGGUCCUUGGUUUGGCAAGGCAGUGAAGCUGAGGUGGAGGGGACCCUUAGUGUACAACCUCAGGCUAACCCUGUCCUAGGCUUUGACAGAUACUUCCUCAACCUCACAGUGGAGAACAACAGGAGAAACCCUUGGUUUGUCGAGUUCUGGGAGCACCACUUUCAAUGCCGCUACCCCAACAGUCCCCGGACCCCCUACAACCAACGACACUCCCACAACUGUACAGGACUGGAGCGACUCACGGCGGACAACACAGUGUUUGAGAACCAGCUACAGUUCGUCAGCGACGCCGUCAUGGCAUUCGCUGUGGCUCUGAGAGACAUGCACAGUGAACUUUGCUUCAACAAACAAGGGCUGUGCGAACAUAUGCGCCCAACGAAGGGUCCAGACCUACUCAAGUACCUUAGGAAGGUUAACUUUGAAGGUUUGUCAGGAGACAAGUUUAGGUUUGACGCCAACGGAGAUGGUCCUGCACGCUACAAUAUAAUCCACUUCAAACAGAUCAAAAAAGGACAUUAUCAGUGGCUGAAGGUCGGAGAAUAUAUCGAAGGAGAACUAACCCUCAAUAUGUCAGACGUGCAGUUCCGACUGGGUCGGCCUUCAGCACCAGAGUCAGUAUGUAGUCUCCCUUGUGAGCUUGGACAAGCAAAGCAAUAUGUGGAGGGAGAAAGCUGCUGCUGGCAUUGCUUCAACUGUACGCAAUAUCAGAUUAGACACCCACUGGACGAGACCAAGUGUCAGAUGUGUCCGGCAGGUACUGUGCCCGACGCUCCCAAGCAGCGAUGUCUAGAUAUACCUGAGGUCUUCCUCAAAGUAGAGAGUGCCUGGGCAAUCGGAGCGAUGUGUUUUUCUGCCACAGGUAUCAUCAUAACACUGUUGGUUGCUGGAGUGUUUGUACGUCACAACAACACACCAGUAGUUAAGGCAGCAGGUCGAGAGCUAAGCUACGUACUGUUGUCUGGUAUACUGCUCUGCUACUCCGUUACAUUCGUGUUGGUAUUGCGGCCUACCGACGUCGUUUGUGGUGUACAGAGAUUCGGGACGGGGUUCUGCUUUACUGUUGUAUACGCUGCUCUUUUUACAAAGACCAAUCGCAUAUCUCGCAUCUUCAACGCUGGCAAACGCACCACGAAGAGACCAAGCUUUAUUUCUCCAAGGUCACAAAUCUUCAUCUGCAGUGGCCUCGUAUCUAUUCAGGUAAUAAUCAAUGGAGUGUGGAUGGUGGUAUCCCCGCCAAGAGCUAUUCACCACUAUCCCACCAGAGAGGACAACCUACUGGUUUGUUACUCAUAUGUUAACGCUUCAUACAUGAUAGCGUUUGGGUAUCCAAUCCUCCUUAUACUGGUGUGCACGGUUUACGCUGUGCUUACGAGAAAUAUACCGGAGGCGUUCAAUGAGAGUAAACACAUCGGUUUCACGAUGUACACAACGUGUGUUAUCUGGUUGGCAUUCGUGCCGCUCUACUUCGGCACUGGUCAUCACAUGCCACUGAGGAUCACGUCAAUGUCCGUUACUAUCAGCCUAUCUGCCAGUGUCACCCUGGUCUGCCUCUUCUCUCCCAAGUUAUACAUAAUCCUGAUACGCCCAGAACGUAAUGUCCGCCAGUCCAUGAUGCCCAGCAGACACGGCCUGUUCAAAAGCGGCACCACGGCCAGUGUUAUGGUAGGGGUGGCACCUGUCACUCACACACACCAACCUUUUGCUCAAGUCCUUGCAGAAAAGGAGUGCAUAGCUCUAGAAAUCAACGAAGAAGCCAAAAAGGUCAAGAAGGAGAAGGUGCCAACGUUCAGCAGGUCAACGCAGACGUUGAUGCCUUCAGCGAUCCCCAACAACAAAUCCCCAACUUUGACCAAGGUCAACAAUGCGGUAAACACUAUAUCCUCGUUGGUUGACAGUUGUCCUCAAAACUCUCUAUCCUCAUUGGUAGAGGCACGGCCUCCAAACUCUCUGUCAUCAUUGGUUGACAACAAACCACCAAACUCUCUGUCCUCAUUGGUUGACAACAAACCACCAAACUCUCUGUCGUCAUUGGUUGACAACAAACCACCAAACUCUCUGUCCUCAUUGGUGGAGAACGGACCUCACUCGUGUGACCCGGCUCUCUAGCAGAAGGCCCGACGGCGACGCCGUUACAAAAUCAAACCAAAGAGCAAAACCCCUAUUGUU